CCCAGGCACCGAGCCGUUCUCGUCUCUUUUCGGGGCGACGGGAGCAGCCGGCGGCAGCGUCGCCCCGCCCCGCGCUCGCCCCGAGCCCGCGCGGUGUUUCCGGCCGGGGCUCGUCACGUCCGGGCGGCGGAGAUGCCGGUUAAAUUAAUUAUUUCCGCAGCACAGCUUCUUGCAGAAGGACCACCACACUGGUUUGCACUUAGGAAAAUAUGAAAAUAAGCAGGGAGUGUUGUUCUCUCUGAACUAAAAAAAAAAAAAAAAAAUCAAAAAAUCUGUGCCUUGCUGAGAACAGCUGCAGGAGUUGGACACUUGAAUCAAUGUUAUCGGAUGAGUUAGAAUCCAAGCCUGAGCUGCUGGUUCAGUUUGUUCAAAAUACUUCUAUUCCACUGGGACAAGGACUGGUGGAAUCAGAACCAAAAGACAUCACCUGUCUCUCUUUGCUUCCUGUUACUGAGACCUCAGAAUGCAACAGACUCAUGUUGCCAGAUGAUGAAAGAGAUCUCACUUCUCCAAGUCACACUAAUUCUUCCAAAGAUGUUUCUUCAUCUGCUGUCUUGAGAAGUCUCCAGGUAAAUGUAGGCCCUGAUGGAGAGGAGACAAGGGCACAGAAUGUACAGAAACCAUCUGAACUUCUGUCAACUCCAGAAACUUCUAGUUUAUUGCAAGACUUCCAGCCCAGCGACAGCACUUCAUUCAUUCUUCUCAACCUAACAAGAGCAGGGCUGGGGUCUCCCGCAGAGCACUUGGUGUUUGUUCAAGAUGAAGCAGAAGAUUCUGGCAAUGACUUUCUCUCCCAUGAUAGCACAGACAGCAGUACCCCAUGGUUCCUACGAGUGCAGGAACUGGCCCAUGACAGUUUAAUCGCUGCCACUCGGGCACAGCUCGCAAAGAAUGCCAAAGCAAGCAAUAAUGGGGAAAAUGUUCAUCUUUGCACAGGAGAUGGGCAACCAAAAGAUUCAAGCCCCAUUCCUCAUUUAUCUCGUGUGGAAAGAAAGCUGAAGUGCACAGUUGAGGGCUGUGAUCGGACAUUUGUAUGGCCAGCUCACUUCAAGUAUCAUCUGAAAACACACCGUAACGACCGCUCCUUCACCUGCCCAGCAGAGGGUUGUGGGAAAAGUUUCUACGUCUUGCAGAGGCUGAAGGUGCACAUGAGAACUCACAAUGGUGAAAAACCCUUUGUGUGCACAGAACUGGGCUGUGGUAAACAGUUCACAACAGCUGGAAAUCUGAAGAACCACCUACGAAUUCACACUGGGGAAAAACCCUUUCUGUGUCAGGCACAGGGAUGUGGUCGCUCCUUUGCUGAAUACUCCAGUCUUCGCAAACAUUUGGUUGUGCACUCAGGAGUGAAGCCCCAUCAGUGCCAAAUUUGUGGGAAGACAUUUUCCCAGAGUGGUAGCAGAAAUGUGCAUAUGAGGAAACACCACUCCCGAAUUGGAACAGCUGGCAGCAGGGAGCGAGAACAGCCAGAGUCACUGAUGGGCAGCAGUUUGCUGGAAGAAUCAACAGUGCAUAGUAAGAAUCUCAUUUCCAUGAACUCUCAGCCCAGCCUUGGUGUUGAGUCUCUGCACCUGCCAGACACUGAGUCAAUUAUUGGAGUAGAAGAGGGUGAGACCAGCUGCUCUUUUUUCCGCCCUCUUAUAUGUGGUGACUGAGAUGGGAUUGAUCAUUCUUCCUUGAGGCUCAUCAUAUUGCAGUGGGAUGAAUGAACAUUGGUUUAACUGUGCACAGAGGGGUGGGUAGACAGUGGAUGAAUCCUAAAACUGGAGCUGGAGAAGAUCUGCUGGACCAAGUUUCUCUCUUGCAGAGUUUGAAAGGUGAAGUCUGCUUAGGUGUCACUUAGCCCAUGUUGUGGAACGCCAUUUCAAAACUGCUUAUGCAGUCCAUCUCCUAAAGCCUAAAGUGUUUGUUUUGCUGGAGCACCUAGGAGCCCCAGCUAAGGACCAGGACCUCAUUGUGCUAGGCACUGUUCAAAUAUUCAGUAUCUUGAGCAACAGGCCUUCCUUCCACCCUUUACCUUCAGAGACUAUAUUCUAAUACAUCUCACUGUCAGAAGCUGACUUACUAUACGAAAUAAAUGUACUACUUGAUAUCA